UAGUCGCUUCACAUCAUCUGCCAGCAACAGUCGACAAAUCCGCAACGAAAAUGAAAUUAUUUUCCAUCAUUGGCAUCAUCUGUGCGCUGUCUGGAGUAGCGCUGGCCCUAAAGGACCCGAUCUGUGGCCAAGAGCCGGGAAAGCAGGGCGAAGUUGGACAGACAUGCUUUGCCCAUUUCCGCAAAUAUACCUACUAUCCUCACAUGGACAAGUGUCAACUGUUUAUAUACGGCGGAUGUGGUGGCAACGAUAAUAAAUUCCUGACGAUGGAGGAAUGCGAGGCUACAUGCAAGGAAAACACAUGAAAGAGGCAUUCACUUUUCAGCAAGCUUGAAAUAAAG